CUACGUCACCUCUCAAAAGUGAAAAGUACCAGCAUGCAUCCUUUUUUUUCAGAUUGCAGAAGGCAGAUGACCUCAAGCAGAACAGAGGGCACAUAACUGAGUGGACUUGUAAAGCAAUGGCAUACAAAACAUUGUUCAUCAUUGCUUUACUUUUUAUCAGCAACCUGGCUGUGGCACUCACAGAUCAAACUACGCCUUGCUACAGAAUUGAACCGGGUACAAUAGCAGGCAUCAUCUGUGUAGAUGUGCUCCUGACCCUCAUCAUCAUUGUUGUCACCUACCGGUGUGCCAUGAAGCGUCAGAAGAUAAAUAAUGCUAACAAAGUGUAUAUGAAUGUCCGGGCAAACUACAAAGGCAAUAUCUGAAACAAAACAGAAUGUUGUAAAAAAUUCACACGUAUAUUCACACGUGUGUGUGUGUGUGUGUGUGUGUGUGUGUGUGUGUGUGUGUGUGUGUGUGUGUGUGUGUGUGUGUGUGUGUGUGUGUGUGUGUGUGUGUGUGUGUGUGUGUGUGUGUGUGUGUGUGUGUGUGGUUGAAUCCGAGGGUAGGGGAAGGGAGAAUCAUUUUAUAGUUUUAUGCACAAGGUUGUUUUUAUCUUUCAUGUAUCAUGUAUCAACUAUUUUGUAAUAACUUGCAGGAUUGAAAUGUAAAAAAAAAUUUAUAAAAUAAAAUAUGACAAGAAAAAGAAUAUAUUGGUUUCAAACUGUCUGAAAAAGAAUAUAAGUCAAGUCAAAUGUAAGAAUACACUUUCUUUUGUUUUUUGUUUUUCUUUUGUCCAGUUUUUAAGCGUUGAUAAUGAAAUUUAAGUUUUCACUUUCAUUUUUAGUAGACCUGCAA